CAAGUGCUAGUGGUCAAGAACCACCUUACAAACCUUUUGGGUCUCGACUGGUUCAAGCCCCUGGGACUAGAGAUCAGGGGGGUCAAUAAGACUGGCGGAGUGGACUUUAACAAGGUUUGCGAAGAGUUCCCGGCCGUUUUCGAUGGCACCUUGGGCUGCUACACGGGUCCCCCGGUUUCACUACACCUCGACCCCACAGUGCGGCCUAUUAGGCUUAAAGCGCGGCAAGUUCCAUUCGCGCUCAAGCCUAAAAUUGAGGAGGAACUGGAUAAACUGAUUGCACAGGGAAUACUAGAGCCUGUCACCCAAGCAACCUGGGAAACUCCCAUCGUGACUCCAGUCAAGCCCAGUGGGGAGGUGCGGAUUUGUGCAGACUAUAAGUGCACCCUCAACAAGGCUCUUCAGGCCCACGCAUAUCCUGUGCCCAUCGUCAGCCACGUUCUAGCCACCCUAGCCGGCGCAAAAACAAUUGUGACCCACCGGGGGGCCUUUAGAGUAAAGAGGUUGCAAUUUGGCGUGAGUGUGGCUCCGGGGUUGUUCCAGGAACUAAUGGACUCUCUUUUAAAAGGACUCCCCGGAGUCACUCCAUUCUUCGAUGAUGUGCUGAUCGCGGCAGCCUCACCUGAAGAAUUCGCUGCCCGCCUUACGGACCACAAACCCCUCUUGGGCCUCUUUGCAUUGGACCGGCAGACCCCUCAGGUGUUGUCCCCACGGGUCCUCCAUUGGUCCAUUUUUUUAGCCGGCUACACUUACACCCUAGUGCAUCGUCCGGGCAAGGCAAUGGGCCAUGCUGACGCCCUGAGCCGCUUGCCCUUGCCUAACGUGGAUCCUGAUCCAGCCCCGGCUCAUCGGAUCCUGCUGAUGGACAUGCUUCCGGACAGGCCAUUGCUCGCCCGCGACGUGGCUGCCCGCUCCGCUCGUGAUCCAGUCCUCUCCCGUGUCUUGGACUGGGUGGGGAGGGGGUGGCCCAAGGGCUCGACUGGGCCGGAAUUUACUCCGUUUGCAGCCCAGAAAGACGAACUAUCCACCCACAAAGGCUGCCUACUAUGGGGCAACAGAGUCAUCAUCCCCAAACCCUUGCAAGACCAAGUGCUGAGAGCCCUGCACGAGGCACACCCGGGCAUAGUCCGCAUGAAGGCUCUCGCACGGAGCUAUGUCUGGUGGCCCGGCCUCAAUGCAGAAAUUGAGGCUUGGGUUAAAAGGUGCCCGACAUGCCAGGUGUCAAGGCCUGACCCCCCACGUGGCCCAGUGCAAUCAUGGGAAUCCACCAAAAACCCCUGGUCAAGACUGCAUAUGGACUUUGCUGGCCCCUUCCAUGGGCGGACUCUACUCAUACUAGUGGAUUCAUACUCCAAGUGGUUGGAGGUGGUCCAGGUGCCCUCGCCAUCGUCGCAGGCGACCAUCAGGGCUCUGAGGGCCAUCUUUGCAACCCACGGUUUGCCGGAAACCAUCGUCACCGACAACGGCACAGCAUUCACGUCCGCAGUGUUCCAGGACUUCUUGGCCAGGAACCUCAUCAGGCACAUUCGCUCUGCCCCGUUUCAUCCAGCCACCAACUGCCAGGCAGAGCGGAUGGUGCGCACGGCAAAGGAGAAUGCCUGCCUUGUGGCCAUACAGCCCUCCUCCUUUGUCCUCCCUAAACCCCAGUUCCCCCUCUCCCUUGGGCCUCCAUCGCCUCAGCACAAGAGCCAGGCAGUGGCACAGGCAGGCUCUCCCCUGGAGCCCUCGCAGCAGCAGCAGCAGCCGCCUCUCAGCCUGGCCUCCAAACGGGGCAGGAGGGCAGAGGCUUAG